GACAGCUGCGAUCUGAAUCACAAACAUAAACAAAGGCACGUGUAAUCACAGGCGAAUCAAGUUCCAUAUUACCAAAUAAUCGAAGUUUUCAGUUAACAAAAUAUCAAUGGCGGAAUUAAUAGAGGUACUUUUUACCAGUGAUUCCAAUGAAAAUCGAGCAUCCAUUACUGCGUGGGACUACAGAACAGGAACCAAUUUAAUGGUGUACAAGGGAGGUGGCGUCGUCCAACAACGCGCCAUUUCUUUAUUGAGGGGCCACUAUGUCGUGGCUGCAAAUAGCACCAAGCCUCUUCUGCACGUUUGGCCUUUUAAUUCACAACAGCAAGUGACCCAUGUACGCUUCGUGUUGCCUGGUCGGGCCAACGCAAUGUCACUUUCACCUGAUACUCAUUAUCUUGUGGCAGCAAUUCAGGAAAACAUCUACAUUUGGCACUUGUCGUCAGGAAAGAUGUUGAACACAAUUUCAAAGCAUUUUCAACCCAUCAACUGUAUACGGUUUGACGAGGACUCGCAUUUUGUUACAGCUGGCCAAGACGGAUCCGUCAUGGUGUGGAACUUGACGACUGUGUGUGCGCGAGAUGACGACAAUCAAACACCAGUGUAUACUUUCACUGAUCAUGGUCUUCCUGUAACAGACGUGCACAUUGGAUUUGGUGGCAUACGAGCGCAUAUGAUGACAGUUUCGCUGGAUCGUACAUGCAAAUUAUAUGAUUUACUUACUGGUAUACAGCUUUUAAAUGUCGUUUUUGCGGAAGCAUUACACAGCGUAGUAGCAAACACUUUAGAAACGGAUGUAUAUGUAGGAACUGCUGAAGGCAAUAUAUAUCAGUUUAGUAUCGAUGGAUGUCCUUCCAAGGAACUCAAUGUUGAAAAGGAGCAUUCAAAUAUUUUUAAAGGACAUAAACAGGGCACCGCAGUUACCUGUUUGGCAAUUUCAAUCGACGCUCGAUCAUUGAUCUCUGGUGGACAGGACGAACAAGUGUGCAUUUGGGAUAUUGGCAGUCGCCAACUCUUAAGAACUAUACAACAUAAGGGCCCUGUAAUGAAUGUAAGACUUCGUCUUUCAAAUCCACAUAUAUUUAAACCAGAGAAUAAACCACCGCGAAAAUUCUCUAAAAACUUGCGACGCAUGCUUGAUCCGCCUGAGGCUAGCGAUGACGAGGAAAUCGAAGUUUUGGUAACUAAAGCAAAUGCGAAUACAGAUUACGAUUGGUAUCCUAUGCCGAAAUAUCCAUUUGAUAAUCGUCAAAAUCCAUCUACAUCGGCGGCAUCUACGACAACUGCCAAGAACAGUUCAGGUGCCGCAACCAAAACUACGGAUGAAGAGGCGGCAAAGGAAAUCGAAAGAUUGCGAGCAGAAGUUCAACAUCUAAAGCUUGUCAAUAAACAACUAUUUGAAGUUUCUACAAAACAAUUACUGGAAUCGAAGAAAUAGCUGUAUGCUUUGUACUGAUUCUAUUAUUGAUU